AUGAAAGUCAUCAUCACGGGUGGCUUUGGCUUUCUGGGCUUGCACCUCUGCAAGCGAAUCCUGGCUGUGGGCGAACUGAUCGGUGCAGAUGAAAGCGCGCACGUGGUUCGCAAGCUUGUGCUUUUUGAUGCCGGUUCUCCACCAAAGGACAUGCCAAGAGAUUCGCGCAUCGAGGUCCGAGUGGGAGACAUUACAAACGCAGAUGAGGUCAAGUCUCUCGUUGACGAGGAUGGCAUCGUAAUCUUUCAUUUGGCUUCUGUCAUGAGCGGCCAAGGGGAGAAGGAUUUCGACAUAUGUUGGAGAGUAAAUGUGGAAGGAACCCGCAACUUGCUUGAGCCAUGUCGGGGCCGGCACGGUUGCAAGUUUGUCUUUGCAUCUUCAGGUGCUUGCUUCGGGGAAAGGUCUGACGGCCCGGAGACCGACACCACAAAGCUUUUGCCUCACACCAGCUAUGGGAUGACCAAAGCCUGUAUGGAACUCGUCAUCAACGACUUUACGCGCCGCGGCUUUGUGGAUGGCCGAGUAGCGCGCUUACCAACUGUGAUUCCACGACCGGAACCCAACUCUGGGCUUCCAGCUGCUUUUUCAGACAUCUUGCGACAACCAUUGAAAGGAGAGCCCGCUGUCUUGCGACUGAAGCCAGACAUGAAGCAUGCUGUCUGUGGCUUCCGUGUUCUUGUCAGGAAUCUGAUUCACUUGGCCAACCUGCCUGCAGCAGCUUUCGCUGAGUCCAUCGAUCGAUGCAUGAACAUGCCAUCCUUGUCUGUUACAUUGCAAGACCUUGCCGAGUCUCUGCUCAAAAUUGUGAAAGAUCCCUCCAAGCUUGGCAGCAUUACUUAUGAACCGGACGCGGAGCUCUGUGGAAAGCUAUCCACUUUUCACAAAAACAUGGACGCAACACGGGCACGCGCGCUUGGACUGAUGUGUGACAGCUCGGCAGCCGCAAUUGCAGCAGAUUUCGCUGCAGAGUAUGUGGAUCCGCUGCUGUUGAAGCCAGUGGUGGAAAUCUAUGAAGAGCCACGCCACUGGCUAGCUUUUUCCAACGAACACGUAAGGGUCUUCCGUGUAGAGAAUCCACCGGGAGACACUACUUUGAUGCAUGUUCACCGAGUGGACAGUUUGUAUUUCUUCUUUACCGCAGCACAAGUGCAAGGGACCAAACUCCACGAGGAGCCCAAAGAUGAUAUACUUAGUUGUGGUGAAGUUCGUUAUGGUGAUCACGGGAAUUGCUUGCUGACUCACAAAAUCUACAACAAGGGUCCGCCAGUGAUGAUGUGCCUGGACGUAGAGCUUGCUGGGUUCCAGAACACGCAGACUGACGGUGCCGCGGCGAAGCGGCCAAGGACUGAAGCUGCGAAUCUGCCAACAGGACUGCGGCUGACAAAGGAAAGGCCAGGGGCCCGGGUUCACGACCUGGAUCUGGCGGCUGGUACAUCCUGGGCUGGACGCAUACCGUUUGCAAGAGCUUUGUUCGUGGUUCACCGCGGAGCACACGUGCGAGGCGAGCUUGGGGACCGCCUACUCAAGCCGGGAGAUGUGUUCUUCCGAGACGGUCCUAUAGACAUGAAGCUGGAAGUGCUGGGAAAGCGCCGCGAUGUGGCCAUUUGGGUCGUGGAACUUCUGUACUGA